AAGGAUGCUGAGAAGUCAAUGUCCAUCUUGAACAUGUCUUCAUCUCCUGGAAGCAGUGGAAUGCACACCUCUUGGAACCAUAGUCCAUUAGGCAUUCAACACAUCCCUCAGUGCACAGAGCUGCAGAGGAUCCCAUUGGCUUCUGCUGAGGCACCCAGGCAGAAUGCCAGUGAAAUGGGGCCACCGUUCAGUAUGGCGCUGCCUGACCACCGUGUGAGCUACUGCCCCCAACUGACUUUCACCCCUGCCCAGAUGACUUUCACUCAAGGAAUGUCUCCUUCGCAGCCAGGAAUGAUGAUUUUCAAGGAACCCCAGAUGAUGCCCUUAGGAGAGCCCAAUAUUCCAGGGAUGGCCAUGACCUUUGGUGGGAAUCUAAGGAUGCCCCUCAGUGGGCCACCAACCUCACCUCCCAGUGGAAUCCCAAUGAUGUCCCACAUCAGAAUGCAAACAAUGUCAUAUCCUGGCCUCCCAUCGGUAGCUUCUAACAGAGACCCUUUACUACCUAAAACAUUAUUAAAUCCAACCGUGCCUUCCACUGAGGCCCAAGCAAUGCUCCCUUCUAUAGCUCAGAUUUUGCCUCCUAGACAGCCCCACAACUUUGGGAUGCCCCCAGGUGGAUCUCCAUUAUUGCUGGCUUUGGAAUCCCAGGGCUCCUUUGUGAACCAGCCGGUCUCCCAGGAAGACCCCUUCCUACCUAAGCAGCCCAUACCUGCUCAACAAAGAGCAGAGCAGCAGUACUCCAGGACCCAGGAAAAGGCUCCCAGACGGAGAUCCCCAGUUUUAAGGCCUUACCGCUGCGACUAUGAGAACUGUGAAAAAGCUUACACUAAGCGCUCCCACCUCGUGAGUCACCAACGCAAACACACAGGUGAACGACCCUAUAAAUGCACUUGGGAAGCCUGUACCUGGUCCUUCUUCCGUUCUGAUGAACUUGGAAGACAUACUCGGAUACACACCAAACAUCGACCACAUAAAUGUGACCAGUGCGGCCGACAGUUCAUGAGAUCUGACCAUCUCAGGCAACACCAAAGGACUCAUAUACGGAUGCCAAGAUCUCCAGACCCACCGGCUGACAAUGGAUGUAUGGCUGGUCCUCCUCCUACUCCUGGUCUUUAG